UAAAAGAAGGAAGCAGUGGUUAAGAUUUCACUUCACCUAACCGUCUAUAAGCCUGUUCCUCUCUAGCUGCGGGAUUCGUUUGGCAGGGCUCGGUGCAUUUCCUCCACGGCACAGCUGUGUGAAAGUUCGGUUGCCUGCCCAGCAAACAUGUGAGCAGUGCUUAUUCAUCGGGUAGAGGACGCUUGGGAUGCAUUUAUAUUUUGGGGUUGGUUUGUUUUGAGAAGUAAGUUCUUCUCCCGGUUAAUAGUGAUUUUAAAAGCUUCAGCGUGCUGGCUCUCUGAAUUCCCGGCAAGAACUGUUAUAGGAAGUCAAACGCGGAAGCUACACACCAAUUUUUGUCCCUCUUCCUCUAACUUCGGGGCACGCAUGGAAGAAAGAUGUCCUUUUUUCUGUGGGAAAUGAUGCUUGUAGACGGAAAGAGGUGUUAAGGUCUGGACUGCUUGAGUUUCGAAGAGGCUUCGUUGAACGCACGGAUUUUGCUUCUCUGUAAAGGAAAGUCAGGUGCUUGUUUUCAAGCGUGGCAGAGGAUUCUGAAGAACAAGCAGAGCGUGCUUCUGUUAGUCUGCUUGGGUGUUUCAAAAUAUGGGUCAUCACGACCAUAUGUUUAAAGUUCUAAUUAUUGGGGAUGCCACAGUUGGGAAGACCUCGCUGGUUCAGCGGUAUGCGAACGAUAGUUUCAACAAGCAUUAUAAAUCCACUGUGGGAGUGGACUUUGCUCUGAAGGUGGUGCAGUGGUCAGAGUCUGAGACUGUGAGGCUACAGCUAUGGGACAUCGCAGGUCAAGAGCGCUUCACGUCCAUGACUCGGCUGUACUACAGAGAGGCGUCAGCCUGCAUUAUCAUGUUUGAUGUCACCAGCAUUAGCACCUUCACCAGCUGCCAGAAAUGGAAGCAGGAUUUGGACAGCAAGCUGAAGCUGCCAGAUGGAAGCCCUGUCCCUUGCUUGCUGCUGGCUAAUAAAUGUGACCUUUCUCCAUGGGCUGUGACCAGAGAAGAAAUUGAUCACUUCAGUAAAGAGAAUGCUUUUACUGGCUGGACUGAAACAUCUGUCAAGGAAAACAAAAAUGUAAAUGAAUCUAUGAGAGUCCUUAUUGAGAAGAUGAUGACUAUGUCAUUGAAUGAUGGAGAGUCCUCUGUUCCAGGCCAUGGAGACUACAUUAACCUGAAGGAUGCAACCACACCCAACUGGGGAUGCUGCUAGCUACACACUCAGCAGCAACAGAUCAGGAGACAAAAACAGCAACAGAUCAGGAGACAAUGGUGUCUUUCAGACACAUAUUGACUUGCUAAGAGUGGUAGUGCAUAAUUUCCUGGCAUUGCUGCGAACCAACAGCAGGGAAGAGAGUUGUUCAAUCUAGCAGGGUGAUGGAAACCACUUUUUUAAAUGCUGGGAGCCACACAGUGUUGACUUUACCAUUCUUCACUAAAGCUUGGAUUGUCUCUGGAAUGAAGAAUCCUAUUCACUGUAACCCACUGCAGGUCAGGGAAAGUCUCCACCUUACUUGAACAAAGGUAUAGGAAAAGUGGCAAUAGAACCUUAAAUAGCUAGGAAAGGGAAGCCAAAGCAACCUGGUUGUGCCUGUCUCAUGUGUAUGGCUCUGUCUGUCUUUGCUCUCCCUUUGGAACAGAUUGCCUUUAAUGUCUCAUCUGUGGAAACAUGCUUUGGACUGUAAUUAUCCUUUUUUCUGGCAGAGCUGCAGAAUGGUCUUACAGCAACUCUUGUUGUGGUGAAGUGCUUGUCUUGAGAAGCUCAUUGCUGCUUUUGUGUAAUUUGGAAAACAACAGCAUUUAAGUAGAAGAAAAAUUACAAUGAACUCGGUGGCCUUUUUUGUCCCUGUUUUUAUGUGGGACACACAAUUGUUAAAGUCCUUUUGUGACCUGACGUCAUUUUAUUAGAGCAGCUAGCAAUGAAUUGAGGCAGAAGCUGUUAAUGGUUUUGCAUUGAUGCCUUAUUAGUGUACCAGCAAUAUUCUUUGUUUUUAUUGUCCUUUCCCUUCUAGGAUCUCACUUGCCUUUUCAGAUUCUGAUGAAUUACUUCCCCCUGGCUAUCCUAUUGUGGUGGGUAUAAACAGCUACAGCUGUCUGAAAGCCCACCGACUGGUUUUUGUGAUCCGAGGAGACAAACACAGAUGGGUUGCAGCAGGACAAAAAAUGAGAGUUAAAUUUUCACCAUGCCUUUUUGGUACCUGAUA